CGGCUGCGGCGGGCGGGUGCGGCACUGCGCUGCUGCGAGUGGGAGCGAGAGCGGUGCUGUUGGUGGGGAGAGCGUGAUCGCCAUGCCUGAGCCGGCCAAGUCUGCGCCCGCGCCCAAGAAGGGCUCCAAGAAAGCCGUCACCAAGACCCAGAAGAAGGGCGACAAGAAAAGAAAGAGAGCACGGAAGGAGAGCUACUCGAUCUACGUGUACAAGGUGCUGAAGCAGGUGCACCCUGACACGGGUAUCUCGUCCAAGGCCAUGGGCAUCAUGAACUCCUUCGUCAACGACAUCUUCGAGCGCAUCGCCGGCGAGGCGUCGCGCCUGGCGCACUACAACAAGCGCUCGACCAUCACCUCGCGGGAGAUCCAGACGGCCGUGCGGCUCCUGCUGCCCGGCGAGCUGGCCAAGCACGCCGUCUCCGAGGGCACCAAGGCGGUCACCAAGUACACCAGCUCCAAGUAGAGCGCCGCGGAUCCUGUUUUUAACCCAAAGGCUCUUUUAAGAGCCACCCACCUUUUCAAUGAAAGAGCUGAGGCAGUGGUGAUGGCUUGCCAAUACUUUUUUUUUUCCCCUUCAGACAUUGCUCAUUUGCAGUAAGGCAGAAGUUGCAUACCUAUCAGGGCAUGUUUUACACGUCACUGAAUGUACACAGAGUCCACUUCCUCUUUUGUUCCUCGUUUGAGACUUUCAGAAUAUAACCAGGGUUUGUCGGUGUUUCCACGGGUGCCUGAAAUAAAGGUGUUCUGGAGAGGGAGCGUUUGCUUCCCCUAUGAAUUUCUUA